UCUGCGCAGUACUGUUGUGCCGUUAGACUGCUGUUGCUGCUCUCCUGCACUCUCUCUCUCGUGCGCACGCUCUUUCUCUCUCUCUUCCUCCCUCGCUUGCUUUUACUCUCUUGCACUACUGAGGUGUUUGGCUCUCACACGCACACAGAGGGGUACGCACAGGGGCUCGCUCACAUUAACCAGUAAACACAUCUACAUGCAGUGGAGCAGCGAGGAGCCAGAUACAUGUUAGGUUAGGAAACACACUCUCUCGCUCUCUCUCUCUCUCUCGCUCACUCGCUCUCACUCUCGCACACUCUCUCUCUCUCUCUCUCUCUCUCUCUCUCUCUCCCCCCCCUCCCUCCCUCUCUCUCUCUUUUUCUGAGAACGGUCCAGCUGGUGCCUGGGGCUCUGCUGUCGCGGCCUGCUGCCUGCAUCUGAUCACGAUCUCUCUCUCACAUACACACACACACACACACACACACACACACACACACAAACUCGCGCACAGAGCUGGCUCACAGGGAAGCACAAUGUGAGAGGUGGGUACUGAAGGUAGUGCCCUCUCUUGCUGCAGCUUGGACCCGCUUGUAGUGCCAGUCCCUGCUUUUUCGCAAGCUUGCUAUCCAAAUCAGGCCUGGACCUUCAGCCGGUGACCUCUGACCCCUGAUCCUGCAAACCCCUGCCACCUCUGCAGACCCCAGACCUGCCACGUGCACCACCUUCCACACAGCCGCAGUACCCCAGGAGCUGCCAAGUGCCAGUGGGAUCGCUUGAAGUUGGAACGUUUUCACAAUCGGAGCUUUGUUUUAUGUGCGUGUGCGUACGCAUGUGUGAAAAGAGAAAAAACAGCCAGAAGUAAAAAAAAAAAAAAAAAGUCUUUUCUUUUCUGCUGCCUGGGAAUUCUCUACCAUUCUGUGUGUCACGCCCUUGACCCCCACACACUCCUUCGUGGAAUAGGCUUCAUGUUGAUUGUUUGAAAAAGAGAAGCAAAGAGAGACUUCCCAUUAAAGGACAACCAGCAGAUCCUCCUGACCUUGAACACACACACACACACACACACACACACACACGAGUUUGUGUGAGCCAUGGCAAUGAACAUGGCACACAUUCGUGACCCAAAAUGGCUGACACUGGAGGUGUGUCGUGAGUUCCAGAGGGGCACGUGCUCACGCUCAGAUGCUGAGUGCAAAUUCGCCCAUCCAGCCAAGAGCUGCCAGGUGGAGAACGGCCGAGUAAUCGCCUGCUUCGACUCGCUCAAGGGGCGCUGUUCCAGAGAGAACUGUAAGUACCUGCACCCGCCUCCCCACCUGAAGACGCAGUUGGAGAUAAAUGGCCGCAAUAACCUGAUUCAGCAGAAGAACAUGGCCAUGCUCGCCCAGCAGAUGCAGAUCGCCAGUGCCAUCAUGCCUGGCAGCCAGCUUCAGCCAAUGUCUUUUUUCUCUGUCACGCCGAACUUAGCCACCAAUGCCAGUGCAGCAGCUGCAGCAGCGGCGGCUACGUUUAACCCGUACCUGAGUCCCGUAUCGCCAGCACUAAUGCCCACUGCUGCUGACAUCCUGCCCAGCGCGCCAGUCCUGAUCGGUGGAAAUCCCGCUGCUGUGGCACCUGUAACCUCCACAGCCAACACAGCUGCCCAGAAACUACUGCGCACUGACCGCCUGGAGGUGUGUCGCGAGUACCAGCGUGGUAAUUGCUCUCGCGGCGAGACAGACUGCAGAUUUGCUCACCCGGCUGACAGCACCAUGAUAGACUCCAGCGAGAACACCGUCACUGUGUGUAUGGACUACAUCAAGGGCCGCUGCUCACGGGACAAAUGCAAAUAUUUCCAUCCUCCUGCACACCUGCAGGCCAAGAUUAAAGCAGCACAGCACCAGGUGAACCAGGCCACAGCCACCGCGGCCAUGACGGCUGUCAAAUCACUGAAGCGACCCCUCGAGGCCACCUUUGACCUGCAGGGCCUUCCUCAUAGCCUAAUUCCUCCUUUGCCAAAGAGACCAGCCCUUGAGAAAACCAACGGUGCCACCACCAUGUUCAAUGCCGGCAUGCUGCAGUACCAACAGGCGCUGGCCAACAUGCAGUUUCAGCAGCAGUUUAUUCCUUCAGGCUCAAUAUUGUGCAUGACUCCUGCAACAAGUAUGGUACCCAUGAUGCACGGCGCUUCACCGGCCGCUGUGUCCGCAGCAACCACGUCCGCCACUACUGUUCCCUUCGCAUCCGCAUCAGCCAAUCAGGACUCUUCUCUAUCAAAGCUGACUACCAACGAAUACAUGCAAUUGAUUCCAAUAAUAUCUGCAGAACAUCUGACUAGCCACAAGUAUUUGACUCAAAUGUAGCCAGAGGCCAAACCAAUCAAACGAAUCUGCCCAUGUUACCAAGGACAGACACAAACAGUUUAAUUGCGACAAAUAUCCAUAUUUCAUUCACAUCAUUAGAGCCCUUGGGGUAUCUUUAGUUCAGUGAUAUAAUAUUUAAAGGACUAGUCCAUGACAUACCAAUAUGCAGAAACAUGCAGUGCCCUUAGAAGUGAUGUGCAGGAACGGAAAGAAAUUGAUGUACAUAAGAUGGGUUCAUACAUUUAGAAACACUUUGCUAGAAAUAGUCUGUUAGUACCAAGUCUAGUUAGUACCAACAGACGUGAUAACAAUAGACCAAAAUUAUUAUUAUUAUUUUUUUUAAAUGACCUCCAUUAGGUAUUUAAUUGAUGUUAUUUGUCAGUAACACUUUACCGAGGGUUAGAAUUGUAGAGCUGGUGUUUAAGCUGAAGAGUAGAUACUGAACACCAUGGCACUGAAAUUUCGUCCCAAACGAUCAUACUAUAACAGCUAUAGUAAUCAAUUGUCAGGUCAUUUUUUUCCUUUAUAGUGAGUAAAGUGGUAAGACCACUCUAAAUUUUGUGCUCGGGUGUGAUGGGAACAUCCAAAGUGAAAAACAGGUGUUUAUUCAGACAGAACAGAGAGAGAGAGAGAGAGAGAGAGAGAGAGAAGUGGGUCUGUGUUGCAUGCCUGUUAAACCAGGUACAGUUCACCUUCCAGUCUUAAUGAGCGUACAUUCAUUAGCCAUGUUAUUUUGGAAAAGCCUACAUCUGUGAAUUGUAACACAUCAUGCCAUGUCCAGUGCUUAAAUGCCAAUGCUUGUUCAUUUAUAUGCAACUAUAAAAAAUUAGCAUUGGUUUUAACAGUCAAACAUUCAGUUUUAGAUGAACUGAGAUGCGUUAACUGUAACAUCAGGUGAAGCGUUACUGAUUUGACAAGGGUGGUUUACAAAAAAAAAAAAUGUGAAAAUGCACCUUAAAUUUAAAGAUAAUUACAAUUCUUCAUGGCACAAUACAUCCAGUGAAAUGCAAGUGGGUUUUUUUUGUUUCUGCUGCAUUAAAAGUGCAGAUUUGCAGAGGAAGGAUCAGGAUUAAAGAAGACUAAUGAAUGUUUUUAUGUAAAACCAGAAUAAUCCUUCUGACCUUUUAAAGCACAUCUUAGCUUUAAAUCAAGCUUCAAAAUAUAUAUAUACAGUAGGCUAUAAAUGGAAAGUGUUAUAUCGACAGUGUUAUUCUGUUUACCAGAGAUUGUUUUUAUACAUAAUUUCAUGUCUACUUUUUUUUUUUCUAAUGAAUUUUUAUCGUUAUUCGUUUGUAAUGCUCUCGAUGGCUUUUCCAUUUAGCCUUAGAUAGGCCUUUUUUCGACUUGCAUGAAAACAGGGUUGCCUUUCCUUCCUGUUGCCAUAUAUAGAGAUUUUUAUUGCCUUGAAUGAUGGAGUGGCUUUUUGUUCAUGAAACGGAGAAUGGGUAUCGGUGAUCACCGCAUGUCUUUACAUUGUCAAAGUAACUCAGACUCUUAGAGCAUGACGUGAAGAGAUUGUUCCCAGUCACGGAGCAGAGCGUAAACGAGGGCGCUGCUUGAACCUGAUGGUCAGCUUCGUUUUGAUUUGUUUUGUAUAUGGGAAGACCAGAUAUGUAUUUGUUUCAGGUUUUCUUUUGUAUGGGUUUGGUGCCAUUUGAGGUGUAUGUUUAUGAUUCCUGAUCUCAAACAGCUUUUAGCCUAUGUACAGCAACAACAACAACAAAAAAAAAAAAAUAGAAAAGAGAGAGAGAGAUGAUAAUGUUGAACAUUCUGUUAAGUCGUGCCAAAGUGAUUUUUCUCAUAGUUUUCAUGGGUUUAAUGGUCUAUACUAGUAGUGAGUGGUGAAUGGUCAUGGUAUGAUCAAGGCCAAACCUAGUUAAGAGAAAGAUAAAUGAAGCUACUUCGUAUUUUCUGGUGUAAUUUCAGUGCGUAGUGAGACUGAAGUGAGACUGAAAUGUUCAGAAAUGUUCUGACUCCCAGUUGGUGUUAGAUCUAGAUCAGUGGAGCCUAUAUGUCUUAAGUCUAUUUUUGGUGUACAGAGAGAUAUAUCAUUCAGGGUUGGGGUCAAUUCAAUUUACAAGGUUAAUGAAAUGAUUUAUGAAAGACUAUUUAAAAUAUGUUAGUAAAUGUUGUAAAGUUUAAUUCAGCUCAUUGGCUGUGGCAAUGGAACGAACCGAAAUGGGAUUGAGCCCAACUCUGGUGCUGUUGCUGUUUCUUCACUGAGGCCUUAGAUUUCAGUUAGUGUUUUUCAGUCUUCAGUCAUUUUUAUUGUUUAUGCAUAUUUUAUAUUUUUAUUAAUCAUUUUAACACAUACUGCUCAGUUGUUUACUUCACCAGCUUAGAUAAAAUCAUAUUGCUACAUGCUGCAUGUUUACUUUGUGGAAUUUACUUAUUUUGUAUUUGGUAAUAUUUGGUUUUAGACUUGUAUUCUUGCUUUCUGGACUUGUAAAUGCGUUACGUCUCCCAUGUCGCCCCCCCCCCCCCCCCCCCCCCCCCCCCCCCGUCUCCAUCUCCAUCAUUCUUAUUUAGUUUUUGUUGUACAUUUUACUCUUUUUUUUUUUGAUUAAUGGUCGAAUGUUUUGAUGUUUUUUUUUUUUUUUAUAUUGAUCGUCUUUUGUUUUGAUAUUGCUUUUGAAAAAUAGUUAAGUUGAAAUGAACCAGUAUGACAUUUCUUAAUUUAACCAGUUUAAUUUGUGCAUAACAAAUCGAGAACUCUUUUUAGUUUACUUAUGGAGCAUAUAUGGAGAGUAAAAAAAAAUUUUUCUAUUGUAUCCAUGUUAAAACAUAAAAUUGUAUUUUGAUAUUUAAAAAAAAAAAAAAAACAUCCCUGAAUGUCAGGCCAAAAAUAUAUAUAUACAUAUACAUAUAUAUAUAAUAUUGAAUAUUUAGAUGACGAAGCUGAUGGUGAUGAUAAGAGAAUACGUUGUAGGGACUUUGGCUGCAAGUGAGAGAGCCAUGACCCGAGGGACAAAGGUCGAAUUUUGCACUUGUGUAUAUAGUCAAUAUAAAACAAGGAAAAGAAAACAUGUAUAAUAUGGAGAUCUUAUUUUGAAUAAUAAAAGAUUCUAUGAGACAAUUUGUUAGGAUAAUUUAAGGAAUAUAAAGUAAUAGACCAGCUAACUGAAUUUGCUUGCAGAAGUGGCUCAGCUCCUUUUAUUAUUACUUCAGAUCAUUGCUUAAAAUAAUGAAAAAGCUAAGCAUCGCUCCGCCUUAAUCAUGUGCGCUGCCUGUCAUUCAAACCUCAGUGCUGACAUUUUGGCAAGUUUUUUCUUCACUUGUCUGGCAUGCAGUAAAAUCAGACACUGUUUUUCUGUGAAAAAUUUACCAAAGGAGAGUAUAAUGAGGUAAAACCAUUGGACUGUAAUCGAUUCCAAAAACUGAAGAUUUAUUUUUGAUUAUUGGCAUAUUUAUCAGACUGAUUGUCUUAAAUUAAUGGAAAGAAAUUACGCUUGCUGUGUCCCAAUUUGCUUACUAAAUAGUAUCUGCGAUUAGAAUUAGUGUGUCCCAAAUGGUAGUAUGUUGAAAUGAUGAUCCCAAAGGUUACUCAGAUGGUCUAUUAUUUCCGGUAGAUUUUUGAAGUGUGGAUCCGUGGACACUUUUUCAGGUAAUAUUGCCCAUAACUCGUUUGUUUAUUUACAGUGAAAGUGUGUGUAACUAGGUAACAUGACAUGUUAGUGGGUGUCCCAGUACCUGCACACUCUUUUGCUGCACACUCAAAAGUAUGUACUUUUUCUUCACAAAAAAGAGCGUAUACUUUUAGUGCAUAGUAUAAGUAGGCGAACUGAGGCGCAGCAACUUUGUUAAAUUUCUGAUAGAAAGACUCCAGAGUGUCUUACAACAUUUAUUGCCCGUCAAACAUGAGGACUGUUUCCAAAAUGUCACAUGUACCCUUAUUAGAAAAUCUCUAAGAGUUUUUACUUGGGCCUGAAUGUUGUUAGCUGCAUGUAGAGAUUUAACAUGAUCAAAUCCACCUUUUAGAUAAGUAGUUAUGUCACUAAGUUCUCACAAUACUGCAGUUCCCAUUAGAAAAUAUCAAUCGAGAAUAGUGACAAUUCCCAGCAUACGUUAAGUGACACACAUUUACUCAAAUCUAUUAGGAUAAAUGUGUUUAACACAGUAAACUAAUGAUUUCAAAUGAUCAGACAUGCUAGAGUAAGCCUUACAUGCCAUUUGACGCGCACACACACACACACACACACACACACACACACACACACACAGGGCGUGUGUGGAAUAAGGCAAAUGUGCCUUCAGCAGGAAAAGGUCACCCACCAAAACAAACAAAACACAAUGAAUGUAAAACUUCUGAUCUCCGUUUGAGGUUUUGACUCACUUACCGCUGCUGCACAAGUGCUAAUAAACCAAAGCAUCACUUUCCUCCGAACAGACAUAAGGCACAGCUCUGCUCUGCGUCUGCCACAGUGAAACCGCCGGGGUCCCUACCUGCUGAAAGCACCUGCUUUAAUGAACGCUUCACACUCACCAUGUAAUCUCACGCCCACUCUUUGCUUACAGUUGCUAAGAUCUUGUACUAUGUUUUAAAAAAAUGUUUUAUGCACAUUUAUUAUUGUUUUAUUUGACUUUAUUGCUGUUAUGAAUGAAAAAAAAAUAAAUAAAUAAAAACCAAAAUGGAUUUCAACUGAAAAA